AGAUGGCCUUCGACCACACAGCCAACCCGUUCGAGCGAAUCACGGAGCGGCUGAUCACCAAGCGCGUUGCCGACCUGGAGGAGCAGAACAGGGCGUCCGGCUCGCUGUGGGGGCUGGUUCUCAGCAAAGUUGCCAAGGUCCUCCGCGACGUCCCCCUCAUCAAACAUUGCAUUGGCCCGCCCGACGAGGCAACCGCGCAGAUCAACCGACUGACUGCGCAGCAGCGCGCCGCCACAAGCUACGCAGAGUGGUACCAGACCAGCGUCAGGCUGGACGCGCUGAUGGAAAAGGACGUCUGGAAAAAACAGGAGGAGAGCGACCUGUACGACUGGCAGCUGGUCAAGAUGCGGCUGCUAGAGCUGCGCGACGCCCGUCUCAAGAGUGACUACUCCAGGAUGCUCUACCUAAUACGCACCACUUGGACCAGAAACAUGGCCAACAUGGACAACAUCAAUCUGUACCGCCACUCGUUUGUGGGCACAAAGAAUCUGAUCGAGGAGUACAUCUCGGAGUGCCAGCAGUGUUUGGCAGCGCUUACGCGGCAGGACUGUCCGUUGGACGACACGUAUGUGCUGGCAAUGCUGAUGCAGACGCGCAAGAACUACGGCCGCGUGGCCAUCACGAUGAGCGGCGGCAGCUGUUUCGGGAUGCUGGGCAUGGGAGUUUUUUCGACGCUGCUGGAGCUAGACCUGCUGCCCAAGAUUGUGUCGGGCUCGAGCUCCGGCUCGAUUUUGAGCUCCAUUAUCUGCUCCAAGACCACGCCCGAGAUUCUGAGCCUGCUGGAGUCGAUCACGUCCAGCAAGUUCGAGGUGUUCGGCAAGGACGACAACCCAGAAACGUUUCUCACGUGUCUGGCACGGCUGCUCAAGUACGGCACCUGGUUCGACAACUCGCAUCUGCGCGCCACCAUGCGAGAGAUUCUCGGCGAUCUCACUUUCCGCGGAGCAUACAACAGAACGGGCCGCAUUCUCAACAUCACCGUGUCGCCCGUGUCCGUGCACGAGCAGCCCACGCUGCUCAACUACCUCACCGCGCCCAACGUGCUUAUCUGGUCCGCUGUCUGCGCCAGCUGCUCGCUGCCCGGGAUAUUCCCGUCGUCGGCCAUCUACGAGAAAAGCGUGAAAACCGGAGAAAUCCACGAGUGGUCCGACACCAUGGUCAAGUUUCUCGACGGCUCGGUCCACUCAGACCUGCCCAUCAGAAGGCUAUCCGAGAUGUUCAACGUCAACCACGUGAUUGCGUGCCAGGUCAACCCGCACGUCGUGCCGUUUCUCAAGAUGUCUGUGCAGUGUGUUGGCGGCGAGAUCGAAAACGAGUACAGCGCAAAACUGAAACAGAUCCUCAACAGCACGUGCGAGCUGCUCACUGCAGAGGCCAUCCACUACUUUGAGCUUGCCGCAGAGCUUGGCAUUGCCACCAACUUCUCCACGAAAAUGCGCCAGAUCCUGUCGCAGCCCUACUCAGGUGACAUCACCAUCCUGCCCGAGAUCCGCUUCAACGAGAUGAACAAGCUGCUGGUCAAUCCGACCCCGGAAUUCUUGCUCGAUGCUCUCGUACGAGGUGCCCGUGCAACAUGGCCCAAGAUCUCCAUCAUCAAGAACCACUGCUCGCUCGAAUUUGCGCUCGACAAGGCCAUCUCCAAUCUGCGCUCCAAACUUAUUUCCACGCCCAGCAGACAGCUCACCUAUCUGCCCGUCUCGCUCAUCAACAACCUCGAAAGUUCUGUCCAGAGCACAGAGCAGAACAAACCGCGCAAACGUCGUGCCCACCAGCGCCGCAGAUCCGAGUCUUUGGCCGUCGGCAGCCUCAGAGAACAGAGAACGCGCUCCAACACGGUCUUCCCGUCGCGCAGACCAACUGCCACGUCUACGCCGAUAAAACGCCAAAUCCGCCGCCAUCCAAGCAUCCCGCUGCUGAGCGUCCCUAAAACCGCGUCAGAAACGCAAAGGUCGCUGCCGACAUCGCCGUAUGCGGUGAAAUCCAAGGGUGUCGCCGUCCACCGCUCAAGCAGCUGGCUGUCGACGUCCUCGUGCGGGACUCCCAAGACAGGCAUUUUCAGCGACACCAGCGCGGCCUUUCCGAACCCGACGCAGUCGAUGAUGGAUCCGCGCUCGGCAGACGGCUCGAUCGGCCAGGACGACGUCAAGAACACGCUCGACUACCCGGUUUAGUUGUAUGCGUCGAUCGACGCGUCGCUCCUCGGGCUCACCCAAAUUUCCCCUGUCCCGGAACCCGGCCAAAAGGAUAGGGUUUAGUAUAAGUACCAAAAAGAUGGUUUAAUUUCUCGAAAUGACAUUUCUUGUGAGUCUGAAGCCGGCAUUCUUCAACACGUGGGGGGUAGGCUCUACAAAAGCACAAUGCCAGUCGAGAAGGGCCACUCUGGUCAACAAGCUGCUCCAACUCUACAAAGACCAGGCUGUGCUGCUGUGUUUGCAUAAUCCAAUCACCAGAGACAGCAUCAAGGGAUACUAUCACGAUCUCGGAAGACAGUAUGAAGAGAGUCAUAAGCGGCUGGAGACCGCGUCCCAGAUGGUGGAGUUCAGGUUUGUGAGCUAUCUGAAGGACGAGCUCUAUGCGCGCUCGGAAGAGCUGGCCCAGAUAGCAACCAAGCCUACUAAAUCCGACCUUGCGUGGCUGGCAAAGCACUACACCAGGGAGACGCAUUCUUUUUUGGAAAAAUAUCACUCCGACCGAAUCCAAACCACCUUUGAGAUUAGCAAUUAUUUGCAUAACGACUCCCUGGUGCAGACAAUCGGUGCGCGCCAAAUUGUUACAAAUGCUAUCAAAUACACACAGGACGUCCUGCUUCUAAACGACUACCCUGUUCCGCAGAUCCUGCUGGAGUCUGGCUCCGAUGAUGCCAAGAUCCGGUGUGUUGCUCCGCAAAUCCAACAUGUGCUCUUCGAACUGCUUAAAAACUCCACCAUUCCCGCGCUCCGAACGAACACCCCAAUCAGAAUCAACAUCCUGAACGAUCCAGAGACCACCACGAUAAAGAUCACAGACUCUGGCGGCGGUAUGCCACCCGAUAUCGCCUACAAAAUAUGGCAGUUCCAUUUCACCACGGCCACAGAACAGAAUAAAGACGAGGUGAACGGGUUCGGCAUGGGCAUCCCGCUGUGCUCGCUGCUCACAAAGUUCAACAAUGGCAGUCUUGAGAUCGAAAAUCGACUCGGCACAGGGAUCGAUGUGUUGCUCAAGCUUCCUACAAGAUGAUACCAGCUCUAUAAUGCAUUCAUGUCACCAAAUCUAUUUAUAAGUACAAUAGCCGGGUGUGUCUUCUUGCUGUGCGUUCGUCCAAGCCGCCGGACUCUCCUAAUAAUUUGGCUCCGUCGUUCUCGCACAGGAUCUUGUCCUGGAAAGCAAAGUAAUCAGUCCUGAUUGUCACUCCGCACUCGGAACAGCUCAAGCAGUGUACAUGGAACAACUCGCUGUGUUCAUUCGACAGACACUCCCCUUCGAUUCCCUGUCCACAGAACGUACACAACGAGCCGUUUUUCUCAUGGAAGUGUAGUUCGCAGUACGGGAAAUCCUGGUGCACGUAGCAGGACUCGCCUUUCGAAAACGGCUUCGAACACGUGGUGCACGAAAAACAUUUUCUGUGCCACUGGCCAGACAGCUGCUGGUCCUUGGACCAGAUCGACUUCUGUCCCGCCGCAAUCGGCAGCCCGCAUUUCCUGCACGGUCCUUCUCCCGGGUUAAAUUUGAUUACAGAAGGAGCCUUUCUCGGGGACUUGACAGAGUUCUGGCUUUCGGUCUCCAGUUUCGACAUUCUAUUGGUCACCUGUGCCACGCUAUCGUCGUACUCUGUGUCCUCUUGGAUCGUCGACAUGUCGUUCUGUCGGUCCUCCUCCUGUGUGUUGUAUAUCUUAAACUCCAGACUCUGCAUGUUAUUUAACCUCUGGAUGUCUUGUGCGUUGUAUAUGGACGAUGUCAUGCUGUCUGUCGGUCUUGGGUUCAGCUGCGGGAUCUGGAGGUCGACCUUUAGAGUCGGCGACAGCUCCUUGCGCAUCGAAAGCAGCUGUUCCACCGAGUCGUCAUUCUCAGCCUCGAACUUGGCGUCGAAAGCGUCGAUCGACGAAUUGGCGUCCUCGAACUCCUGCUCCGUCGUGUUCAUGGUCGACUUCGACAGAGGUGUAUCGUUGGGCUGCAACGUCGAGGGCCCCAGAGGAGGAGUGGCCAAAACGUCUGGGGGUGGCUGAGGUGGCGGGUUGGAUGUAGGCGCCGGAGACGUGCUAUGGAUUGGCGAGCUUGCAGAGGAGGUGAUAAUUUGCGGAACCACGGGCUUUGGUCCGAAGUUGAGAGAGUUUCCAGACUUCUCGGACGCCUGGGACAUCCCCGAUAGGCCCCUCGAGCGUCUGGACGGACUGGCGCUGUAUGCACUGGCACGAUCGGCGCCAGAAGGCGCCUUGGAUGCGUGCCCCAAUGACCCUGUACUGGUGUCCACAGAUGCGUCCUCCAGCUGGAAUUUGGCAAGCGGGUCCCUGCGGGUGUUUGGGAAGGACGCUCCUGCAGAGGCAGUUCUCUGUUUGAGCUGGUCGAGCCGCGCGUCAAGGGGUAGUGAGGUUGUGCUCUUGUCUCCGUCCUUGGCCAUCAUUUUGUGCUGGAUCUGCGGAUCAGAGUCGUGGUGACGCUGUGUAGCGAGCGUUCCUGGCGCUGUGAAGUUUCUGUGGUUACUCAGAUUCGGCGUCGAGCGGUUGCCUGAGGAUCGGGGACGGUCUGGACGAUACACAUCAAAACCCGCUCUCUCCAUCACCGAGCGCACUCUCUUGGUGGUUGUCAGUGGCGGGAACGGAGAGUGAAACCGUAUCUGGGGGCUUGGGGUCCUCAUGAACUCCGGCAGAGUCUUCAGUUCUGGCGGUUGAAGAUCUUUGUAGCUCAUGAAAUGAAAGAUUUACCUCUCAAAAAAAAAAAAACACUUUCAUAUUAACGUGUUCGCGACACUAAGCAUCCUCCAAGCCCAGAUUGGAAAGUUCAUCAAUUUCAUGUGACUCUAAUUUUCGUGAAACACGUUUAUAAAUCACGUAUACCACGGCCGCAAACGACAACGGGGCGAUCACCAUGCCGAGGAAAUCCACCGUCUGCAUUCCCGGGCUCCGUCCGUCUUGCAUCAUCUUUCGUAGUUGGUAGCCGCUAAAUAUGGGGACAAAUAGUUUGGGACUCGUUGCAGCCGUGGCUCCCACGUAAAUGCUGGGCUGCAGGGUCGGAAUUGCUGCCAGCGCCCCGUUCGAGAGUGAGUAGGGGAGUGGACACAGCCGGACCAGACACAUCAGGCCGAAGUUGUGCCAGUACGGAGCAUUCUCGUCGUUGAGAACAGACACGAACACCUUGAGCUUCACGUUUUGGUGCAUGCACCAAACGGCGUACGGUUGCAGCCAGCGACGGCAGAGCAGAAACGACAGCGUCGAGCCAAGUAGUGUUGCAGAGGCAAUGAUCGGCCAGCCAGCAAACCCGUAGACCAUGCCUGUCAGCAAUGACAGCGCUGAAUAGCCAACAACCGGCGGGAAACUGACUAUCACGACCAACAUGAACAGCAGCAGCUUUCCACGGACCCCCCACGAUGCCCAAUGGUCUGCCACCGCGACCAUCUUGUGCACAAGGCCAGAAUAGUAUUUGGACGCCAAGAUAUGGAUAACAAUGUACGCGACGGGAAUCGCGAGAAUGAGCAGAUUUCUUCCGCGAGCCAAGCCGCGCAACCCUGUCUCUAGCAUUUGCAAGGUAAGUCUGU